AAAAACCUCCUCUUCUGCUCUGCUGCUGUUUAAUCCUUUACAAACUUCAUCUUUUUGCCUGCUUUCUUCCACUGAUUUCUAACUUCCUCUAUAACCCAGUUUUUUUGUUUUGCUUUGCUUUGUUUUAGUCUUUUAUGUAUCUUCAAGGUGAUCAUUGAUGAUCCAAAUAUCUACACCUACUCUUUUUCUCUGGUGUUUCCUGAUUUUGGAAACCUUUUGGCUUGUUGCAAAGAAAAAUUCCACGGCAUAACAAGGGUUGGAAUGGAUUCAUUCAAUCAGAAUUGUCAGAACAGCAGCUUCAGGUACAGUCCAAAUUUGAACACGGGGACACAUGCUGAUGAAGAAGCUGAAUUCUCAGGGAUUCUUGAUAUCUUUGUCCAUCAUGCCAGGAAUAUUCAUAACAUAUGCAUCUAUGACAACCAGGAUGUGUAUGCCAAGUUCUCUCUAACUUACAACCCCGACGAGACCCUCUCUACCAGAAUCAUCAAUGGAGGUGGCAAAAACCCAACAUUCAAUGAAAACAUGAGGAUGAAGAUCAGCCAAAUAGACGCCGUUCUCAAAUGUGAAAUUUGGAUGUUUAGCAGGGCAAGGAUUCACAUGGAAGACCAGCUAUUGGGAUUUGCUUUGGUCCCAAUUUCACAAGUCAUUGGCAAAGGAAAGGUAACCGAAGAUUACAGCCUUUCUUCCACUGAUCUUUUCCACUCUCCUGCUGGAACCGUUCAACUGACACUGGCUUUAGACCCCUCUUUGGCACUCGAUUCCUCAGUGAACUUGAUUCCUGAAUCGGCAAAGACUUCAUCCAUAUCAUCAGAAGUCAUUUUGCUUGAUAGAAAGAUCUCAGAAGUUAUGUUGGACCCAGUUGAGUAUGCAAGAAUUGAAUUUCCUGACAUCAGUGUUGUGAAGGAGAAUCAGCAAAUGGUGUCCGAGUACUUCAAUCUUGCAGCUCAUGGUACUUGUUCUGCUCUUUCAAGGUCCAACAUUGGAAGACCUCUACCAUUUCUCCACCUUGGUGCAUCUCCUCAACUUGAUGAUUACGAGAUGACUAUGAGUCCCCCAGACGAGAAUCAUGUAGGGUCCCUUUCUCCAAACGAGAGCAUUCAGAACUCAUGCUUCCUAGGCUCCACUAUCACAACCUUGAGUGAUGAUAGAAACUCAGCAGAUUCAGUUGAGAAAAAGAACCCCUUGAGCACUGGUGACUCCUCCAAUUCUGUCACCGUGUCAAUCACCGUGGAAGGUAGUCAAAACUCUGGUGGCGCUUGCCCGGAUACCCCAACUUCUAAGAAAGAAGGUGAGACCCCAAAUGAAAAAGAUGCAACCUUCUCAAGCAAAGAAAAGGAAAGCAAAAUCAGCAAUAAGAACACGACAGAAGCUUCAAAGUUUGGUCAAGUUUUUGCGGCUCCUUUAGGGAACAUCAAUCUUGAGGCCGAGCAAGCUGCUAUGCAAAAACAGAUAGUGGACAUGUAUAUGAGGAGCAUGCAGCAGUUCACUGAGUCGUUGGCAAAAAUGAAGCUCCCGAUGGACCUUGACAAGCCUGAGAAAGUUGAUCAUGGCGAUGGUGAUGUGAUUCAGAAUCAUGAAAACAGCAAAUUAGAAACUGAUAAGAAGAAAAAGGAUGGAUCUCGUGUGUUUUAUGGUAGUCGAGCAUUCUUCUAAUCACCACUUAUUGUUGAAAAUAGCAAGAAUGAGAUUGUGAGAAAUUACUUAUCGUAACAUCAGGUACCUACAUCAAUUUGCUCAGUGAUAUUUAUUAAAGAUUUUAGUUA